GACUCCUAGGCCCUCGCCGCGACACUGCUCUUUACUUAACCGCCUUGCACUGACAGGGAAACUGCCCUCUUGGGACACUGACGAGUGACAACCCGGUCACCGGACGUCCGGUCGUGCCACGUCCCGCCCGGUCAGUUCCGGUCUCGUUCCGGCCUCGCGGCGCGAGUGACAGCCGAGGAGAACGCUUCCAGUUUCCAGGGCAGCGAGCGGCAUCGAGUGUGGUGGCAGGCACGACCACGCGGCAGACACGGCGAGCACACCGACCACCAUGAGGAUCACCAUGGCCACGGCCACGGCAACCCCGAUCCAAGAGAAGCUGGUCGGCAAGUACAAGGUUCGCACGGGCAUGGUGACGGUGUCCGACGGCAAGGCGCGGCCCCAGCCCAUGCGGCUGCACCUCAGUCUGGACAUGCUGAGUCUCCAGCGCGAAGAGGUGGACAACAGCGAGCUCAAGCCAGCGCCGCUCGAUUCACGGUCUUCCUGCAAACAGCCCAAGAAGGACGACCCGACUGCCACCGUCGCGCCAUCGGCUCCUGCUUGUCCGAGUCCAGGACAAAGCGGGCCAGAGCCUUGCUCCUCGGAGCCCGCGAGGCCCGCCGGGCCGGGGGCCAGGACUGACACGGGGCUGGAGGAGCCACCGGCAAAGCAGCUUCCAGUGGACGCGGGGGAGCGGAUGGUGAGCGUGACGCGGCAGAAGGUGGGCGGGCUCGGGCUGAGCAUCAAGGGCGGCUCGGAGCACAAGCUGCCCAUCCUCAUCUCCAGGAUCUUCAAGGGCCAGGCCGCGGACGAGACCGGCAAGCUGUUCGUCGGCGACGCCAUCAUCAAAGUGAACGGGGAGCCCAUCGUGGCGUGCCACCACGACGAGGCCGUCAACAUCCUGCGCAACGCCGGGGACCUCGUCAUGCUGACCGUCAAGCACUACCGGGCGGCGACACCCUUCCUCCAGAAGUCGGCCGAGAACGAACCCUCUGCGGAGAACGACGCGCAGGUGACGAAGCAGCUGCAGUCGCUCCACCUGGGCGAGGACGGCUGGCGGUCGCCGUCCACCACCAGCCUGUGCAGCAACACGCAGUCCCUGUCCAGGCCGGGCUCCAGGCCCGCCUCCAGGCCCGCGUCGGGGUCCUUCUCGCCGCCCAGGCACACCUGGGUGGACGUCAUCACAGUGCCCCUCAUGAUGGCGUACGUGACGAGGUACAUCUUCGGCACCGACAAGCUGCGCCCCAACUCGUUCGAGGUGCGCGGCCUCAACGGCUCGUCGACCGGCGUGGUGCACGUGGAUGACGCGCUGGUGCUGUCGCAGUGGCUCAAGCACAUCACGGACAACAUCGUGGGCCUCACACACCUGCAGAUGAAGCUGCACAAUCGGAACCUGCCCGCACACGACCACAUCGAGUACAUGGGCUGGGUCAACGAGGGCGUGCUCAACAACAACCAGCCGUGGCAGAACUACAAGCCACGCUUCAUGACGCUGCGGGGCACCGACGUCACCUUCUUCGACACGCCGCCGCUCAACUUGUCCGACUGGGAGCAGUCCGCGGUGCAGUUCAAGGUCUACAACUGCAUGUUCCGCGUCAUCAAGGACUCCGAAAACGUGGACGAGAGGCAGCACUGCUUCUUGAUCCAGACCUCCGGGCACGACAGCCGCUACCUCAGCGUGGAGACGCGGCAGGAGCUGCUCAGAAUAGAGAACGCGUGGCACCAGGCAGUGUGCUGCGCAGUCAUGAAAUUAGGCAGUAAAACUUUCACCGUCACCACGACCGCCGGCAAAACGGCCGGGCUGACGCUGGACUGGAACAUGGGCUUCGCCCUGUACGACUCGGAGACCAAGGUGUAUCUAUGGAAGUACAAGUUCUCGCAGCUCAAGGGCUCCUCCGACGACGGCAAGGCAAGACUCAAGCUGCAUUUCCAAGAACCUGACACCAGACUGAUUGAUACCAAGGAAAUGGAGUGCUCCACGCUGCAGGGGCUCCUCUUCUGCAUGCACGCCUUCCUCACGGCCAAGGUGGCCUCCGUGGACCCCGCCUUCCUCAGCUCCAAGACCCCCAUGGACGUGUUCCCGGCUGCCGUCACCAUGUGAACCCUGAAUCCACACGCCGGACCUACAGCACCAGAGGCAACGUUUUGGCCUAUCAACUAGAUAUUGAUUUCUUGUAUCCCAAGAGAGCAACGAAAUCGACACUUUGCCACAGACAUUCUCAGACAGACACCUGCUUUUUGCCGGAGUGGCACCGCCGUUGUUUUCAUCGUCAUUUGAACCUUGGUGAAUUGUGUUUCCUUGAACUUGUAUUCAUUGUCAAUUGUUCACAGCACGUUGUGUAACCUACAUGCAUUACUUUGGUAAAGUCUUGAUUCCUUUCUCUCUUGAAAUUACACUUUGUUCAAGUUGGUGUGUUUUAAUAGCUUGACAAAGACACCAAAGACUUAAAGAAUGAUGUGAUUCUUGUAUUAUUAGAAUAACGGAAGCCCCUCUUGUGAAUAAGUAGGGAUUCAAUCCCUAAUUGUUACUUAAUAUGUAAUUUUUUUAAAAUCCUCCUGUAGUGGUUGAUGUUUAUCGCUCUCGUUCGAAUUGUUUUGUUUUGAUUUGCGAUUGCGUUAUGGUUUGUUAUAAUUGUUGUACAUGGAAUGCAGCUUUAAUAAAGUGACAUAAGAGACCCUUGA